AGUGGAGAGAGGCGGAGGGGGCAGACUACGCGUGAGUUCGUGUACAAGAGAGGGGAGGGAGGAGAGAGAAACAGCCGCCUUCAAAAAUGGCGUCUUCAAGGGAAAAUGACUAAUAAUAUGAAAAAAACGAGGCCGCGAUCUCAAAAUCUAGUUGGAUUAAAUCGGAUUUAGGACGUUGAUUCAUUUUUUGGUGGUAGUUUAUCGUCUCUUUCUCAAAACGCGAAAACAAAGAGAGGACGAAAAUAUGAAAAUAGAGCAACACCAUCUUAUUCGGAUGCGUCGACAGGGCUAGCUCGAUGCUAGCUAGCUCACAACAAAUUUGGGGUGGGAAAAAUUUUGCAUGCCAUAUCGAAAUGCAUUAAGAUUGCACUUACUUCUAAAAUCGGGCACACUUUGCUUAAGGAUUUAGGCUAUAAUGUGACAGUCGUGUAUCCACCCUGCGUGCGUGGCUAUUAGCUUACCUUUCGACUGAAGUAAAGUAAGCGGAGAGAGGGGAGGAGAGGCGGAGGAAAGGACGUGUACGGUCAUAUGUGUACAUCAGUAAUUUAUUGGUUUCCGAAUUAAAUUUGAGUAUCUUUUUGCAGCACAUUUAUAGAGUUUUAUAGAGAAUGGUCAGUGCUUAAAUGUAGGAGAGGGAGAGUAAGACGGGAGGUAACGUUUUUUUAUUAUUUCUUCCAGAGGACGGUGAACACCCUCUCUAUUACCCUCUCCUCCAUUUCUCUCCCUCUCAAUAUGCCGUGUUUCCACUCGCAUGGAUUUGCUUUUUGAACGGAAGAUAAUGAACAGAACCUGACAGUCAAGAAGACCUAGUCGAACAGUGGGGAUUAUUUGAACCCGCGUUCCGCUGCUUCCAUCAGCUCUGUCGCACAUAUUUCACUAAUGGAUAGAAAUUACCCAGGAGCGGGCUUUGGUGAUCUAGGCGCAGGAGCAGGAUGGAGCUAUGAGAGAUCGGCGAAGGCAAGCCUGGUCUAUGGAAGCUCCAGGUCAUCCCAUCCUGAAUCAGACCUUCUUCACCGGCAGGCCUACGCCACCCCCCACCCCCUGCAGGGCUAUGCAACUAAUCACCACCCAGGUAGCUCUGGACAGGGAGGAGCUUGGGGUGCAGCCGGGCGAAGUUUGGGUUUGUCGGGGUUGUUUGAUACAGGGCUUCACCACGCAAGCCCCUCAGGUGCAGAUGCGUCCGUCAUGAACCUGAUUUCUGCCCUGGAGUCUCGUGGUCCACAGCCACCCCCUUCCGCUUCGUCCCUCCUGUCGCAGUUCCGCACGCCCACCUGGCAGACUGCAAUGCACACCCCAGCCCCAGCUGAGCUCUUCAUCUCUGGCGCCCUUCCAGGAUCUGGAUCCUUCCCAUCAUCCUCUGCGCUCUCAGCCUAUCAGCACCCUGCUUCGUUCUCUGGCCGCUCCUUCCCUGGCGUGACCCCCUCCCUCUCUUUGCAGGACACUCCAACCUUCAGCCCCACCUCGAAUGGCCUCCUUUCUCCCCACGAUCCUUUGCUGCACAUCAAGACGCCAUCACAGUCCAGCCUGGGUUUCGACCGCCUGCUGUCCUCGCAGGGUGCGGCGGCGGCAGCGUACCGCGGGGGUCACGACCCCACGGCAGGCAGCGUGACCUCUGCCCAGGCUUCCUCCGUAGCUGCUGCCUCAGCCUCGGCCCGCCACCUCCAGUCACACCAGUUCAACCUGCUGUCGUCCCAGCUUCAGGACCAGUCCUCUCAGCUGUAUGGCGCCUCUGUGUUCUCCUCCGCCCCGGUCCCACAGCCGACCACCCAGGAGCGAACGGUACCCCGGCAGGACAGCGUGAUAAAGCACUACCAGCGCCCCACUUCAGCCCAGGCACCCUCCUCCACCCCACACCCCCUCCAGCACUAUCUCAGUUGUGGGGUGUCGGGGUACCAACAGCCCGCCCCCCCCUCCCGGCAUGGUGGCCUUGCCUGCAGCCCUCUGCAAGAGCACAGUCCCUCCUCAGAGCCUAAGCCCUCCCCCAGGAUUGAGCAGUACCGCCCCAUCAUCCAGCCUCCCUACACUCCUGCCGCCUCCUCUUCCUCGGCAGGAGCUGGGAAGGCAGCGAAGAGCAGCUCAAGCAGCGGUUACUCAUCCUCCGGGUCGGGGUCUUCGUCGCGGACCCCUCACACUCCCCCCUCGGCAUCGUCAGCCUCAUCCACCUCUUCGUCGUCGUCCUCCUCUUCCUCUGCGACCGGAGCUCGACCUUCAAACUCCAUCCCGACCUCCAGCUCGACCUCGGCUCCAUCUCGCCAGCAACCGCCCACUCAGCCUGCUCCUCCUCCUCCACAAACACAUCCUCAGCCUCAGCCAACCUCCUCCAACUCCACGCAGCAGUCCAAAUCCUGUCUGUCAGGCUAUGGAUCCCCCAUUGCCUCCGUCAAGCCAUCCAGCAAUCUGACUGGCCAGACCCCACCCCAACCGCAGGCACAGCCUCAGUCUUACUCCCCUGGCCAGCCACCUUCCUCCCAUCUCUCCCAGUCAUACGGGGGCUUCAGCUCCCCGCAGGCUCAUGAUCUGCCCUCUGCCAGGUCUUCUGGUGUCAGCAAAGGCUACGGCAGCAUGGGAGGUCAGUCGUUUUCAGCCGACUCUGUGUAUGGGGCAGAUUCUGGAUAUGGGUCCUUGCCACCUUCUCUCGGGGGUGCUGGGAGCCCCUCCAUGGGCUAUGGAGCGGCGGGACACUCCCCUGCUCUCUUGCGCUCCGGGGCAGGUGGCGGAUCGGCUGGUGGGGGUAACAGCUCGGGAAGUGGGGGUGCAGGAGGUGGGAGCAGUGGAGGUGGUGGGUCUUACCAUAUCCCAGACUCCAGCCCGUCUCCCUCCGGCAAUUCUGGAAUCAUCCGUCCAGGACUGCACUCCCCUGUGCCUUCCAGACCUGUUCAGUCACCUGUAGGAACUGGCUCGAACAAGUACCUGUCUUCUGUCCUGUCCCCAUCCUUCCUGCCUUCACCCCAGGGGUACCCCGACAGCCGAGGCCCUCGCUCACAGUCCUACCACCCCCCUCCCCCACCUAAGGGCAAGUCUGACGGCAGCAUGCUCGGUGUGGCAGAGAGGCCUCCGCCAGAGGAUGACGAUGAGGAAGACUUCCUCAUCCAGCACCUCUUACAGGCUCAGAGUCCUGCAUCCCACCACCACCCUCCACAGUCUGCUCAGCAGCAGCCUGUUGCUCCACCCCAGGAUGCGAGCAAGGGUCUCGCCUAUGAGAUGAGCAAGAGCUCUGAGGAGAGGUACCACCUCCAGAGUGUCAUUCGCACACAUAGUGCCACCUCUAACACUGGCGUUUCGGGGUCAGGAGCCAGUGCAGGCUUGGACAGCCAGCUGGAAAUGUCAUUGAAGAAACAACAUAAGCAGCAUCAGCAACAGCAACACCAUCAACAGCAGCAGCAGCAGAAAAGCAGCAGAUCCAUCAAUGAUGGAAGGGGCAGCACUGACCAGACACACCCCCACUCGCACCACCACGACGCCCUGGGGUCCGUGGUGCACUACGGCCGUGGGGACCCAUACUCCCAGCACCCUCUGUCUCAGCACCCACCCACCCACCACCAACACACCCCACACACCCCUACGCACCCACACUUGCACUCCCACCCCCACAUGGAUCUCCAGAAGAAGUCGCAAGACCCAGGUGACAUGUCCUACGGGUGCAAAACCCCAGAGGUGCCACCGCAACAUCAUCACUCGCACCAACACCAGCAGCAACAGCAGCAGCAGCAGCAGCAACAACAACACACACAACAACAGUCGCAGCAGCAGCAGCAGCAUCAUCAUCAACAGCAGCCUCCACCACAGCAUGCACAGCACCUUUCCCAGCAGUCCCAUCAGCAAUCCCAGCAGCACCAUCAGCCCCAGUCCCGGCAGACCUCCAUGAUGGACUCUCCCACCGACCAACCACGGCAGCCCCCUCACCUGUUGCAGUCUGUCCUCUCCCAUACCACACGCAAGAUGGACCCCCAACAGCAGCAGCAGCAGCAGCAGCACUCCAUGAGCCAGCAGGCCAUGAUGGAAGCAGCCGGGGGAGUGGGGGCCACGGAGAGCCAGGCUCGACAGCAGACCUCCCAGCUGCAGCUUCAACUCCAGUCCCAGAGUUUGGAGUCCGGGGGUCAUUAUGGGCGCACGUCCCAGCCACAGCAGGACCAGUCAAGGUCUAAAUCCUCGACGGUCUCGUCCAUGGAUAUGCUGGAGCGCUCCCUCUCGCGGAACUCCAGCACGGAGGGCGGAAUGGGGGACGAAAGGGUCAGCAGUGGAAGUGGUGGAAGAGGCAGUGGGGACCGACACCGAGCCCAGGAGCAGCAGAGGCUUCCAUCCCAUCACAGCCAGCAGCACCACACCUCCGAGUUGCACUCGUACCUGUCAGAACCCGACCUGGGCUUAAACGCUGCCACCCACGGGCACCACAUGCCACCGCACCACCAAGCCCCGCAACCACAGUCGCAUCCGAACUCCCACCACCAACAUCCGCACCCACAGCACCCCGGCGCCCAGAACCACCCUCACCACAUGUCCUCCCAGGCGUCAGGCGCUGCCUCGCAGCAGCAGCAGGAGCCCCCCCACCCCAGCCACUCCUCCCAGCUCCAGCAGUCUUCGCUGGACCAGGAGCACCAGUUUGACACCAGGAGCCCGGCGGUCAAGUCCCAGAACCAGAAUCAGAACCAGACGCAGAGCCAGAGGUACGUCCCUCUGCCAUCCAUCUGUUUUCCAGACUCCCUCCUGCCGGACGAGGACCGCUCAUUCUUCCCCGGGAUGGAGGACAUGUUUUGCCCCGACGAGUACAAGACGAGCUGCCACGGGGGAGAAAACCAGGGGCAGGAAGGAGUUUCUCAGGGCCACGGGGGGCAGGAAGGCAUGGAGGGCAUGAAGGCAACAGGAGCUGGCAGAGGCGACGGUACAGAGUCUGGCUAUGACAUGCUGGGACACCACAGUGACCAGGGGUAUGGCCAGUACUGUCCUGACCUUUCUGAGUCUGACAACGGCCCCAUGCAUUUAGACCUGGACUCGCUUAAGACCCAUGAGCUGCCAUCCACCGUCAACACAGAACAACUGGGUCUGAUCCAGUCUCAGCCCCAGGGUCUUGGCAUGGGAAGCGCCGGAUCCAUGGGAGACGGAUCUGGGAACAAAAUGGGUGGCAACGCUGGGUCCGGUUCAGGCCCAGGCGGGCUCACCUCACCGAUCUUCUGCUCAUCUAGACCCAAGAAGCUCCUGAAAUCCAGCUCCUUCCAUCUCCUCAAGGAGAGGCCCGACCCAAACGCCAUGCCCAAGAAGAGCUACGCGCAGGAAUACGAGUUUGAGGACGACGAGGACAAGGCGAAUGUUCCUGCAGACAUCCGCCUGAACAGUCGCCGACUUCCAGAUCUGAUCCCUGACCUCGUAUCCAGCUGUCGGAAGUCCGGUGGAGGAGGAAUGGGAAGUGGGGCGAUGAACCCACUUAUGGACGACCUAGAUUUCGGGUACCCCUCUCUUGGUCCUCCUCCACAGCUAUUGCCCAAUGAAGGCCCUAAGAAGAGGGGCAGGAAGCCCAGCAAGCCCAAACGGGACGGACCCCCACGUCCGCGGGGCCGUCCACGGAUUCGCCCGUUGCCCGAACCCCAACUGUCUAGAAGUAUGAUGGGAGAGAUCGGGACGGGCUAUGUUCCUGAGAGGGGUAGGGGCCGUGGGCGGGGCAGAGGUCGAGGGAGGCGGGAGGAUGCCAUGAUGGACAUGGACAUGGCGCAAAAAGAGCAGAACCAGAUGUAUCAUCAACACAUGCAGCAUCAACAGCAGCAGCAUCACCACCAACAGCAACAACAACAGCAACAACAACAACAACAUCAGCAGACAAUGCCUCAUCUGCACCAGGAGCCCAUUAAACCCAUUAAGAUCAAAUUGCCCAUCGUCUCCAUGUCCUCCUCUGAUGCUUUGCUCCGGACGGACUCCCUGUCUGGCACUGACCAGGCUCUCUCAGAUGGUUCUGUUGGGUCCGCGCCCUCUCUGGGCCUCAGUCCGGGGACUCCUGGACCUCCUGACUUGAACAGAAGCCAGGAGAAGGGCAAGUCUAAAAGCCAGGAGGCUGAUGACAAGGAACCAGAGAAGGCUGGCUUCAUGGCAUCUUUCUUGGACUUCCUGAAAUCAGGCAAAAAGAAUCCAGGGAUGGGAAUGCCCCCAGGUUCUGGAAUGGGUCCUGGAAAUGGGGACGCCUCUCCAGGAAAGACGGGUGGGAUUCGCCCCCUGUCUCCUCCUCCGCCCCCGCCUCCACCGCCUCCGGCCUCCGCCGGGUUCGGAGAGAGCGAGGGUGACGGCAGCCUCUCGCUGGGCAGCUGCCCGAGCCCGUGCAAGCGCCUGGACGAGGAGCUGAAGCGUAACCUGGAGACCCUUCCCUCGUUCUCCUCAGAUGAAGAAGACUCCGUGGGCAAGAACCAGGACCUGCAGAAGAGCAUUUCGUCGGCCAUCUCGGCCCUCUACGACACCCCCCAACUCAGCACUUCCUCCUCCCUCCCUACGCCCUCCCUGCCGUCUCCUCCUCCGCCGCCUCCUCCUGCCCCGCUCACCCCGACCCAGCAGCCCCCAGCACUCAGCCCGCAGCCCCCUACCCACACCCCACACGGCCAGCCAACCGCUCACGGCCUCGGCCAGCACGCGGAGCCGGCUGUGCUGGAGCGGGAAGAGGCAGGGGAAGAAGAACAGGAGGAGGAGGAGGAGGAGAUGGAUCAGGAGUCUGAGCAGCAGCAGCAGCAGCAGCAGCAGCUGCAUCAGGAAGAGGAAGAGGAAGAGGAGCGAAAUAGCAGAGAAGAAGAAGAAGAAGAAGAAGAAGAGGAGGAAAAGGAGAAGGAUGACACUGAGGACGACCAAGUUCCUGAGCUGGAGAUACUGGGAGUUCCUAAGGUCGGAGACUCUCCUGUACAAUCUCCCCAGCCGACUGGCCCCUCUUCUCCUCCUCCCCUCUCUCCUUCUGCUCCUUCCUCCUCUCCCUCACCUCCCCCGCUCCCUCCUCUCUCCCUCCCAUCGCCCCUUCCAGAAGAGGAGGAGGAGGAGGAGGAGGAGGAGGAGGAGGAGGAUGAUCAGCAGCAGUCCGAAAAGGAGCAGUCCUCUCCUCCCCCUCCGAGCCCCCUUGCUCCCUCCAUCCCGGUCCUCUCACCCCCACCCCCGGAUCCCCGUCCUCCGUCUGCUCCCCUGUCGGACGCAGCAGAAGACGCACCUCCCAUGUCCCCCAGCCCUCCUGCAUCACCGCUCCCUCCGCCAUCGCCUCCUCCCCCUGCCCUGGCCCCAACACCCCCUCAGCGGGCCGCGCUGGCGCCCCCUGCCUCACCGGAGGAGCCUCCCACGCCGCAGAUCCUGCCGCUGCACCUGGCGCAGAAGCAGAGCGGCGCUGCCAUCGCAGGCGAGAGCGAAGAGGAUGAUAGCGAGAGUGGCGGGGAAGGAAUCUUCCGGGAGCGUGAUGAGUUUGUGGUGCGCAUCGAGGACAUCAAGCAACUCAAGCUUGCACUGCAGACAGGCAGAGAGCCGCCGCCCAUCUGGAGGGUGCAGAAGGCCCUGCUGCAGAAGUUCAGCCCUGAGAUCAAAGACGGCCAAAGGCAGUUCUGUGCCACCAGCAACUAUCUGGGCUACUUUGGUGAUGCAAAGAAACGGUACCAGCGGCUGUACGUGAAGUUCCUGGAGAACGUGAGCAAGAAGGACUACGUGAGGGUUUGCUCCUUUAAGCCAUGGCACAGACCUUCGGUCACACUCAGGCGCCAGUCCCUUCAGAGGAUGGCAGCCCCUGCCAACAACCAGUCGCCCCCUCUGGUGAAGAAGGAGGAGAAAGAGAAGGAGAAACCGAAGGAGAGGGAGCAACGCGAAACGAGGGAGAGGAGUAACGUCAAGGAGAGAGAUCAACGGGCUGCCGACCGGGUGGUGAAAACGAAAGAGAAGGAACGAGAGAAAGAGAGGGAGAAGAGAGCACAGCCGGUUCCGGAAAAGGCGGAGAAGAGGAGCGCGAUGGCCGACCGAGGGAAGGCGAAGGAGGAGAAGAAGGGAGGUGGUGGAGAGAGGAGGUCGGAGCGUCCCUCCAAACCGGUCCAGGUCAAGGCCAAGGCUGAACCUCCACCAAAGAAGAGGAGAAAGUGGCUGAAGGAAGUGCCAUCAUCAUCCUCAUCUGACUCCUCAGCCAGUGAAGAUGAAGUAUCCGUGCGAGGCGGGCUGAACACGCGCGCCAUGAGAGAGAUGUUCCGCAGCUACGUGGAGAUGCUGGUCAGCACGGCGCUAGACCCUGACAUGAUCCAGGCCCUGGAGGACACAGAAGACGAGCUUUACCUCCCGCCCAUGCGUAAGAUUGACAGCGUCCUCGGCGAACAGAAGCGGAAGCUACUGAGGAGAGUCAGCAUGAGCUCCCAACACCAGGAAGCCCUUCACACCUUCCCUCAAAUAUCCGCCGACCCGUUAGAGUCUGGAACGGUGAGGGUGCGGCUGGGCGGGGAGGGCUACAAUCGCAAAACGCUGAGCCGUGUCAAAAAGAGUCUGCCCAAACCACAGGACCUUAAACUGUCAACUGAAACGUGUCGCAUCUACAGCCUCUAUCAUUCUCUUCAUCAUUAUAAAUACCACACAUUCCUACACUGUAAAAAAGAGACUGUCAGUAUAGAGCAGGCCUCAGAAGAUCCUGGCCAGGAGGAGGUGGUGCAGCAGUGUAUGGCCAAUCAGAGCUGGCUCGAGACCCUUUUCAACUCCUUUAUUGAGCUCAUGGCCCUCAGCUCUAAAGUGUGAGAGAGGCAAGAAUGAGGCAAGGAGGGUCUGAGUGCUGCCCUCUACAGUCCUGGCAGCGGUACUGCAGACAAGAGGGUGUACGAGGACAGAGGAGAAAAUGAAAUUUCUAAAUUUCAAAAUAAGAGAUUAGGAAACGGCUGCCAUGCCUCGGAUUUGUUCUGGAAUACUACAUGAAAAUCAACUUCACUUCAAGAUAUCAGUACAGAACAAAGUGGGUCGUAAAUAUCCUUUUGAAACUGAUUCUUAUAGCUUCAGCACCUGACAAGAAAUGGGACUGAAGGCGAAACGGUGAUGAAGAUCAGUCUCCACCGUCUGUAGUGAGCUGCACAUGGAGAUCCGGAACUGAAAAAAAGAGUAAGAGGCCAUUGUAAAACAGGAGCCAUCGCAUUCAAAAGAUAAACAAGCAAACAAAUGGGGGAAAGGACAAAAAGAUGAAGUGAAGAAUGGAGCAAUGUGGUUUGUCACGCAUUGCAAAAAUGGAGGGGAAAAAAACACGUUGAUGCAAAAAGACUGAGAUAUGAUAUGGCACUGUGAACCAUGAUAUUCAAGGAAGUACGGAAUCCCAUUUUGAUGCAAAAGGAGACUCAUAUUUUUGUUUUGUUUUGUUUUUGGGCACUGUGAGUCAGUUGAUUCAUUGUGCGCGGCGUUACUGACGGCGUGAACUGGUUCCCGAACAAUGGUCAGAGAGUGAGUCUGUUACUGUUUUACACAGAAUUAUUUUUAAAAAAAAAUAAUGGUUUUAUCCUGCUCUGUGAGGGACACUAUAGAGCAGGUGAAAGACUGGUAGUGUUUCUAAUGAGUAAAGAAUGCAGUGAGAUUUUGAAAUGGACUUGGAAAGGAUGGGGGGUUAAAUAUGUAUUGACAUUCAAUGCUUCAGGCAAUGUGAGUGCUGUGUAUGAUGUAGAAUAAUACUGUACACGCAUUUUUAUUAUUUAUACGAAAGACGUUUUUAACAGGAACUCGCAGAGAGAAACACAUUCAUUAGCAUUUGAAGUAACUCUUUUUCUUUUGUUUGUUUGUUUGUUUCCAAUGGUUACAAAUUAAAUGUUUUUGCCACAUUUCCUAGCUUUCUGCCUUUACGCUCUGCACGAAGGAUUUGCGUUCAAGGACUUAAAGUGGCAUCGGUCUUCCUUCGUACACUCGCCAUCAUCAGAUGGCAAGUGUAUGGAGGAAAAGAGAAAAACGUUAAAUAUAUUUGAGAACUAAACCGCAUUGUAGGCUAUAAUUUCAUUCAUUCAUCCAUUCAUUUAAAAAAAAUGAAAAACGAACAAAAAAAAAAACUUGGUUGUAAGAGAGCUACGAGAAACGGUCUGCUCCCACAAGGGAGGAUUUAUGUACGCGUAAUAUUUAAGGAUGUUUUCAUUUUAUCCGCUUGUUGUUUGUUGGUAUCAUGAGUAUUAUUUUGGAACAAUCUUAAUAUUUUCUGUUUUUCCCCCUGAAAAAAAGCCUUGUGUAAAUAUUGUACAGCUUCUGCCACAAACCUCCGGCUUCUCCUGUACAUGGGACUAUCCUUGUAUUUGACAAACAAAUAAAAAAAACCUUCAAAGUGGAGAUAACAUCA